AUGAUUAGACUUCAGCGUUUUGAAAAACGCUUCUUGUUUGAUAGAAGACUUUAUAGUACCCUGAAAGGUCCAUCAAAGUCUCGGCAUAGCAUUUUGAGCAUACGAAAGGAAUUCAAUAAGACGACAGAUGAUUCAAAUAAGCCAUUGGUGAAUUCAAAAAAAGAAGAACUUAAGAAUAGUAUAGAUGCAGCGGAUGCAACGAGGUCGAUUCUUCAAAAUAAGAAAGCAUCGUACUUUGACCCGGCGAAUUCAUCAUUAAAUUUGGCGUUGGAUAAUACAACGCUUUUCAAUAAGAUCUCCAAAGACGCAGAGAUAAGAAUGAGCAAGAGAUUUAAAGAUGCAUCAAAUUUAUGGUUGCAUGACUAUAAACUGCAAAUUAGAAAUAUACCACUGAAUUUAGUCAAGACGAAAUCGAAGUCGAAAGGUCCUAGCAAAGAGUUGUUGAUACAAACCGAACUUGAAAAUCACCUAAAGAACGCUACAAUAUCGCCUGAAAGUGCAGGGAACGCAAUUAGUGCCGGUGAUUUAGUAGCUCUAAAUCAUGAUAGUGUUAGUUUGUACAUUAUUACUUCAUGUCCUACGGAUCUUGAUUCUAAUUCGUACACAUUUAUUAAUAGAGAAGGUGAAAUAGUUUAUGGUCCUAAACAGUUGAUUAAAUUGAGAUUUCCGGGGGCGGUUCCUAGUCAUUUGCUCGGUAUUAUUAAAGACCUUGUACGGCUUGAGACUAAAUACUUGGAUAUGGCACCGGUUGGUGCCACAGAUGCAACGUUUUCAAAAUCGGAACAGUCUAAGCCAAAGGAAAUCAGCAAGGUAUCAUCAGAAACUUCUAAUGGUGAUAACGAUAAUAAUAAUAAUGGUCAUGUUGAUUCAUCAGAGAUUGGAGGCGAUUUUAUCGUUGCUCAAGCCUCUUCACAAUUAUUAACAAAUUCAGAUGUCAAUACCUUUCAUAUCCCAAUAAGGGCUCGUGAAAUUUAUUCAAAAGCUUUGACUCAGAUCUCAAUAGAAACAUUUGAAAAGAUACCUGAAAUAUCUCAGAAGUUAGAGAUUUUACAUAGGGUCCUACAAUAUGAUGAAGAUGGUGAUUGUCUCGAUUCCCCCAGAACCAUUUCAAUAUUCCUAUUAUUACGAUACCUAGAGCUGUUUAAAUUGAAUAUGAUCCCAAAAUUAAUUAGGGAAGGGAGAGAUACGCAAGGUGAAGCUGAUUUAUUUAAGACACUUAGAAAGAAGUUAAGUGAUUCGUUCUCAGAUUUUGACAAUGAAACUAAAUUUUCACAUUUAGGCAAAAUGGUUCCGAAGGACGCAUCAUGGAUGCAAUUUGCGAAUGAGCAAUACUCAGUGCCUACUUUUAUGUCAUUGGUUCUAGCUCUAAGGACUCAAGGAAGAUUAUGGAAUAUUAACCAGCAGAAUUCAACGAACCCACCUCUAAGUGUGAAUAUUUUGCCGUUACGAAAUGUUGACCUUCUUGAGAAGACUAUAUCUUUCUUGAAGUUUAAGAAUGGGGAUGUUAAAUUUGCUGAUUACUUGAUUAAAAAAUUAAAGAAUGAAAAGAUGGACGCCCCUGAUUACUAUAAAGAGAUUGUCCAACUUUUUAAAGAUUAUACAGCAGGCAAUUUCACAAAUGACCCCGCAGUUGAAACAGCCCUUGUUUCCGUAAUCAGACUAGUUGAUAAAUCCUUGAAGGAAGAGAACUUAUAUUCCGAAAGAUAUGCUUCUCUGACCUACGACUAUUCAAGAGCUCGGGGAUUCGAAUUAUUACAAAUGCUUGAAGAUCCUUUGAAUCCUUCGUCAUGUGGAUGGGAAAAUCCUGCCAAUUGGUCCUAUGCGCUACAACUACCAAAGAACAAUGUACUGUUGAUGUCAGAUCUUUCUGCCGAUUAUUAUAAAUGCUUAGAUGAAUCUUUCUCUAAUAAAGAUAAUCGCCUAAGGGAAUUGGUAGAACAAGGAAAUUCCAUUAAGCAUAUAGAAUCGAAUUCAGUUCCAUCCUUAGUUGGAUUUGACGUCGCAGUUUCCCCUACGGAUGAUGUCAUCGAGCUAACAGAAGAUUUCUACACGUUUGACCCGUUGAGCAAAAUUAGGGAAGAUUUUGGAAAUACACCAGUUUAUUGUAUUGAUUCUGAAACUGCUCAUGAGAUUGAUGAUGGUAUUUCUAUCAGCACUGAUAAGGAUGGAAAGAAGUAUAUUUUAUCAGUUCAUGUCGCUAAUCCUACUUCUUAUUUAAAGCCAUUUUCGACUAUUAGUAAUAUUGCUUUCAAUAAGGGUUCUACCACAUAUUUACCAGAAGGUCCAUCCAUGAUGCUUCCGAAUAUUAUAUCAAAAGUUGCUGGGUUAGGUGAAACCUCGAAAACGAGAACCUUUGUCAUUCAGUAUACAUUGGAUAAGGCAACAAUCGACAGCUACAUAAGAUGCAAGAAUAAUGAUGAAUCCUUCAAACCAGAUACGGAAUUUUCUAGUAAGAUUUUAAAGGAUAUUGAAUCUUCAGUGGAUAUUAAAUCAUAUCUGGCACAUAAUUUCCCCAAAAACUUUACUUAUAGUAAGGUAAAUGAAAUUCUUAAUAAUGAAAGUGAGCUUGAAUCCUUCAAGAAUGAUUCUACAUCGGAUAUUCAUUCAUCAAAUUUAUUUAAAUUGUAUAAUAUUUCUACAAUUCUCAAAGACAUUAGAAUAAUGGUUGGUAAUGGUCUUGAGAUGAGUAUACCUAGAUCAGCCGUUAAGGUGGAUUACACAACAGGCAAAUGCGACACACGCUUCGAAGAAUCGGAAGCUGGAUAUGAACUAGCAGUGCAGGAUCCUUCGAAUACCAAUAAACACGCAGUCGUUUCAAUAUCUAAUGGAGCUGACCAAGGUGUUCUGUCUAAGUCUCAGUUGUUGGUAUCUCAUUUCAUGAUAAGUGCAAAUUAUGCAGCAUCGAUUUUUGCAACUAAAAACAAUAUUCCUAUAAUCCAUAGGAGUCAACAAAUGAAAUUGGAAGACUCGAUUUUGAAUAAGCUUCAAGAAAUAUCCAAAAGAAAGUAUUUAACUAAUGAAGAUUUGAGCAUCGAAGAUGUAUCAAAAGUCUUAUCAGUUUUAACUUCAGCAAAGUUUCUGGUUGAGAAAAAACCGCAUGAAUCUUUGGGUCUCCAAGGAUAUGCUACCGUUACAUCACCAUUGAGAAGGUUUGUCGAUAUGAUUAACCACUGGAAGUUCGAGGAGUUUUUAUUAUCCAGGGCUGGUAUACCUACAUCCAACAUUCAAGACGCACAAUUGUACUAUAUGGGUAAUCAUUUACAAUCUUGUGAACUUAUCAAUAAGAAGAUGCAGAGUUUCUCUAACAAAUUCUGGGAAGGCAUUUUCCUCAAAGAAUAUCUUAAAUUACUCAACCAAGGAGAGAUAUCCAAACCAAUCACUUUUAAGUUAUUGCUUAAAAGUAAUCCUAAAUUUGGAAAUAUCAGUGUUCACGUAUUAGGAUUCAAUAACCUAAAGGCAACAUUGGAAAGUACACCAAAUGUUAUAGAGAAGUUCAAUACUGGUGAAUUUAGAGUUGGUCAAGUUUUAGUCGGUGAUUUCCAGAUAACUAAACUUGAUUACAUAGAAGAUGAGCUUGUGUUCCGUUAUAAAUAG